AUGACAGCCUUGCAAUUCCCGUCGCGACCUACGCGUACAGAAGACCUCAUUCGACGCGUCAAUGACCCAAAAACCGACGACAAGGAGAGAUAUGCUCUGGAGAUAUGGGUGAAAGAAAUGAUACGGCUUUUCGAAGAUGACCAAAAACCAUCGUUCAACGCGGAAGCAGCCUUGCUGUCAGAGAUCGCCGACCAAGAGGACUACCCUCGACUCGUACUAGGAUUUUCCAACGCUGUCAUUAAAGGCACGACAGAUGCCACGAUCACCGAUUCCAGACUAUUGGCCAACUUCACCUACUGUCUUCGUCGUGCAAAAAGUGAAAUAUCCCGGGAAACGGCGCAACUGGGGGUGGUUUUGAAUAGCCUAAACACUCGAUUGCAGGACAGUCAGAAAAGCGCACAACUGGAAAGCCAGUAUCAUGUGGUUUCUACGAUCGCGACAGUGUUGGAUGCGAUGGUCGAUAUAAAAAUAUCUGGGCUUGGUCGGGAGGCAAUACAUGAACCUUUAUUGAAUCAACUGUGUACUUUGGAGAGGCAUGAAGAGCCACGAUUAGCUCAGAUAGGCGGUUAUGCCCAUCAAGCUCUGAAACACGUACCGGAUGACGAGAGCCCAUGGCAGGCAUUCGGUCGCUGUAGCUGGAAAGCCAUCGAAGCGAUUGCCAAUAUUGCUGGGGGUGUUUCAUCGAUGGAUCCAACCAAGCUGGCAUCCAAUGACAUAAAAGAUCUCAUCAAUGGAUUGAAAGAUGCGUCCGAGGUGAAGGGUUGGUAUGGAGCUCUUCGGUAUACCAGUGUGCUCGUCAAAUGCGGUGCGUUUGGUAUGCUAGAGCAGUUGAUAUCCGAUCUGUCUUGCCGGGAUGAUCCUGCCUUUUGGUGUGGACUAUAUGCCCAGCUGGAAAGCGCUUGGGUUGCUGAAACGUCCAUGAGAGAUGGAGUUGUGGCGUUCAUUAAAUGGACACUACAACAGCCGUGCAUGCAGAAACUGGUGCCAAAACAUGUAUAUAUUCAACAAUGGGUUGCCCUGGUCUCCCGAACGAUGGAUCAACUCGACUGGGAGCGGGUUAUUCCCCAGAAGAAGUACAGGAUUCGCUUCUGGAGACAGAAAAAGCAUGAACCCAAGCUCAAAAGAUUUGCUGGAGAAUCGGAACACCCCGACAGUGGUCGUGACUACCUAUUACAGACAGCCUGGGAAAGCAGUGACGCCCCGAAGACCUUCUACACGGAUGCCAAAGUGGUUGAAUAUUACAUCGACGGAGGCCAUCUCGAGAUCAAACGCCUCUCUGGAGAACAGUUGCCCAUGGAUAAUUGUUAUAUCAAUCUAGCGUUGGUUGAAGACUCCCCUGAAAAACCAAGGACAGAGGACAAGCGCGUUGAAUCAUCUUUGUACGAUCGCCUCAAAGUUGGGAAACCCAGUCAGGAAAAGGACGUACCGUUGUCAGAUCUCUUCAAUCGCCGGAAGCUAAAGGAUGGCAGCAAUGGAAGACCAAAGCGAAUCUUGAUCCGUGGCCGUGCAGGAGUGGGAAAGACAACUUUGUGCAAAAGGAUUGUUCAUGACUUCAUCCACGAUGGAAUGUGGCAAGACCAGUUUGACCGGGUGCUUUGGAUACCACUACGGCGACUCAAAGGAAGAUCAGAUUCAAACGAUUUUAUACCCAGUGAUUAUUUCGCGCUCCAUGAAGAGAAAGACAUCAUGACGACAGCUCUGCGGAAGGCUGUAUCACAGAAGGACAGUAGGACACUAUUGAUACUCGACGGCCUUGAUGAAGUUUCUGCAUACCAGACCGAAAACGGGGUCCAUUUUGUGGAGUUAUUCCAGAGUCUCCUGAACCGGCAUGAUGUGAUUGUUACAUCGCGUCCAUAUGCAAUAAACCCAUCGGGACUGAAGACAUUUGAUCUUGAGGUCGAGACAAUCGGAUUCCGCGCCAACCAAGUCGAUGAUUAUUUGAUGAAAGUUAUGAAAGAUGAGACGACAGUCAAGAGCAUCCAGGAAUUUAUCUCGCAGCAUUGGGUCAUCCAAGGACUUAUUCAGAUUCCGAUUCAGCUCGACGCUUUCUGUUUCACCUGGGAUGAAGAUCUUUCUUACGAUGACCUACAGGGCGGGCCUAAAACAAUGACAAGUCUUUAUCAAGCCAUUGAGCUCAAGCUAUGGAAAAAGGACAUGGUCAUAUUGGGUAGAAGAGACAAAGAAGGACUGAUUGAUGAAACCCGCGCCCGAAAUUACCAUCCUCGUGAGCCAAUCACAAACAUCAUGCGCGACGAAAUGAACGUAAUAGAACUGCUGGCUUUCAACGGUCUCUACCACAACAUCAACGAGUUCGAUCACUCCUGUCGGACAAAGGUGUUUCGCCAAAUGCCCACAACAAGCGCUAGUGUUUUAGACCGACUUUCAUUCAUGAGAACUUCAGACUCAUCACUGAGGAACGAGGAUCGAAACCAUUACUUCAUCCAUUUGACCUUCCAAGAGUUCUUCGCAGCCCAGUAUUUCGUUCGAUGCUGGAUAGAAAACAAACCACUGAUCUGCCUGAAACUGAAUCCUGGAGCAGAGAGUUCCAUUAGUACUGGAGCAUUAAUUGAACGCGAGAAAUACAAUGGACGUUAUGAUAUUAUGUGGCGCUUUGUUUCGGGACUGCUUCAAGCGGAGGAUGAAGAUGAACUCAGUCGAUUUCUCCAGAAACUGGACGAUCAACCUCGGGAUCUACUCGGAACCGUCCAUUCACGUCUUCUUAUGCACUGCUUUAGCGAAGUUUCUGGCUCGGAUAGCAAUCCUGAUAUAGAGCGGCUUCAAUCCGAUACGGAUAUCCAACUCGCACGACUACUAUUGUUUGGAUGUCUGACAGACGUAUUGAAAUACAGUUCAACCAUAGGUUGCGAGAUAGAGUUCCCAGAGCGAAUCCUACAAUAUAUUUUGCAGAAAGGGCCCGAUAGAUUCAAGUUCGGUAUCAUCACAGCAGUCACCCAGCGCCCGCAAAUAUCAUUGCAGUUGUUUGACUUGGUGGUGCCCCAUUUGAAAUGCGAUGACAGUGGUAAGAGGCAAGCAGCCGCCGAGGUGAUCUGCAGUAAUUCAGAAUACAUGAAUGAAAAUAUGAUCCACAGCGACGAAACAUGGGAACGGAUACAAGGCUUUUUACGCUUUGUGCCAAACUUAUCUGAGAGAAUUCUUAGAGCUCUGCUAAGUCGAACGCAUGAUUUCGAUGACUUUCGCGCAACAUGCUUUAUAAUGAGAGGGCAGCAUUCAUUACUAGAGGACAUUAUCGAGGACUUAGUGUCUCGAAUACGAGAUGGAGACGAGACGAGCAGGGCACUUGCAGCGGCGUCAUUGUCUCGGGUAUCGCUCUAUCGAGAGGACGUCUCUAACGCCGUGGUCACAUUACUCGAUAGUAAAUCUCAAUUUAUAGAGGAGUUGUUGCUUUUGGCAGUAUCUGAGAAGUUCGACUUGCCCAGAAGUGUUCUAAAAUGUUUAGAGGCCAAACUGCUGGAUGAAACUACGUCUGAAUAUGCCAAAAAAGAAGUGGUGCAACUGCUAGGAAGGCAGCACACCUUGCCGAAGGACGUACUCGAAACCCUCAUGAUUCACGUUGAUUCUUUCGGUACAGAUGUCCAGGACCCAAUACUGACAGCUCUAGUCUCCCAUUCGUACAUAACGCAGGAGACCCACAAAGAGAUUCUUGUUCGGUCAGGGUACGAAGAUAAAAUCGCAGGAACUUUAACAGCCGCCAUUUUUGGGGAGCCGCCCGUCUUAUCAGACGACAGCCUUGAACAAUAUGUCUCACUUUUGAGCAAUGAUUCAUAUCGGAUAGCACAAGCUGCAUCUGAUGUCCUCAAGCAACAUUCAGACCUGUCAGCAGAUAUCCAAAACGCUUUAUUAAACUCGGGCCUUGACAUCAGUAGCAGCGGCUGGUAUAUUCUUGGCAAUCAAUCAGUUCUAUUGGAUCGGGUUCUGGACCGUCUAGUCGAUUGCGUAGACACCAUUUCUAUUAACUGUAUAUUGGCUGCAGAAGUUCUAUACAAGCAGCGCAGUUUACCAAACAACACUUUGCAAUCGGUUGCAUCGCUCCUAACAAGAGGUCCUCGGAGAAGACCGGCAGCUGUAGAAAAGGCGCUACGAAAACAUGGAUACUUCUAUACCUUGCUGGAAAUCUUGGAUGAAGAACACUGGGUGUCUCUAUUCAAAGUCUACUUCGAGAGGAGCUUCAAAGAGGGGGUGGUUUGCUACAUGUGGAAAAAUCAGCUUCGCAUCAAUAUGCCCGAAGGAUCGUUCAAAGUAAGUAUGGAGCAUCCCGACCAGCGGCGAAAACUUGAAGCAGCAUUACGGGCAAUUCAGGAUUGA